AUGGAUCCUGCAGCUAGUAUGCGUCUCCAUCUGCGCGGAGAGAGGCCGGCGCAAGAUUUUUAUUUUGCAGCCGAAUUGGAAGCAAAGAAUUGGCCACAGUUGUCGCCCAUGGAAGUAGCUUCUGUUCUAGCCACUGUGAGCAGCCCAUCUGAGAGGCAGAAACAGCUGGAGCGAUUGGCUUCCCCCAUCACUUCAAAGUUAAUCCUUGCUCCGCCGCCUGCUCUCAAAGACCGCUUGGGCCCGAAGCCAAUUGAGUCUCUUCAUCGGGUUAAGGUUGGACGAGUGGAGAAGCGACACGAAGAAAAGAUGACCAAGAAAAUAAGCUUCCAUGGGCUACCAUUUAUUCAUAUAGGAGCCAAGAACUUUUAUCUCAUUGGAGACAGCCAGAUGGUGCGGCUUGCACGCACCUUGAAGUUUUUGAUAA